AUGCCCGCCCCAGGCUGGGCGCCGCCUCCGGCCUCGCCACGGCAGUACUCCGGCCUCCUCGGCGCGCUCCACCACUGCAUAUCGGGCGGCAACGCCCCCGCCGCCGUCUCCCUCCUGCCCACCCUCGCCCGCGCCGGCCUGCGCGCGCCGUUCCCGCUCCUCUCCUCCCUCGCGGGCCUCCUCCUGCUCCGCCCAGCCGCGCCGUCCUUCCCCUCCCUGGCUGGACGCCUCCUCCUCUACGUCCGCCUCGCGGGCCUCAAGCGCCUCGUUCCCUGCUCCACUCAGCUGGCCGACCGCCUCCUGUCGCUGCACUUCCUCCUCGGCCGCCCGGCCGACGCCCGCCGGCUGUUCGCCAAAAUGCCCCGCCCCAGCGUCCACUCCUACAACGCCAUGCUCGUGGGGUACGCGCGCCUGGGGCUCGCGGCACACGCUGCCGAGGUCUUUGCCGCCAUGCCGCACCGGAAGCUCAUCUCCUAUAAUGCUGUUAUGCUUGCGCUCGGGCGCGGUGGCGAAGCGCGUGGAGCCGUGGAGAUGUACUCCGAUCUCCGGAACACGUACCCUUCCCUUGGGUACAGCCAUCACACCUUCAUCGCGCUCCUUGGGGCCUGUGCCGAGCUCAUGGACAGCGAGCUUGCCACGCAAUUCCAUGGCCAUUUGGUGGUUCUCGGGUUCUUAUCUGAUGUCAACAUUGCCAGCUCUCUUCUUGAUGUGUACAGCAAAUGCGGUUGCACUGAUGAUGCUAGGAAUCUGUUUGACGAAAGGCCUACCAAAGAUUUGCGUAUGUGGGCAACAAUAGUUUGUGCCUGUGCUGAAGAUGGCCAAUUGGCUACUGCUCGUGAGCUUUUUGAUCAGAUGCCAGAGAAGAACGUAUUUUCAUGGAAUGCCAUCGUCAAGGGAUAUGUUUGUCACGGGAAGCCUGUGGAAGCACUGAAUAUGUUCCAACACUUGAUGAGGGAAGCUAUGCCUAUGCAUUCACUGAAACUUGGGCAGCAGAUCCAUGGAAUGUUGCUAAGAAGUGGCUUUGAUCGAAGUCUUGCUGCCAUUGCAGCCUAG